AUGAAGCUGUUGUGGAGCGGUGUCCUCUGCUGUGCGCUGGUGAUCAUCGUCCAGGUUCGUGGACGUAAUUACCGAUAUUACAGGGCUCCGACCCGGAGGAUUGGGAUCUCACCGACGCUCAGAUUCACCAAACCAGCUCUAGCACAGCACGCUAACAUCGGACAAGAAUCGCAAUGUAAAAGUCAACCGCAUGAUUUGGUUUUUAUCAUCGAUAGCUCUCGCAGUGUCCGACCUCAGGAGUUUGAGAAAGUGAGGGUCUUCCUAACCCACAUGGUUGACACGUUGGAUGUCGGACCUGAUAAAACCAGAGUCGCCGUUAUCAACUAUGCAAGCACUGUGAAGAUUGAAUUCAUGCUCAAUACUUACACUAACAAAAGAGACAUGAAGCGCGCAAUCUCUCAAAUUGAACCACUUUCAACUGGCACUAUGACAGGUUUGGCAAUUGAGGGUGCCAUGGACAAGGCUUUUGUAGAUAUUGCAGGAGCAAGACCUAAGGACCUUGGCAUCUCCAGGGUAGCCAUCAUUGUGACAGAUGGACGGCCCCAGGAUCAGGUGUCAGAAAUAGCCGCAAGGGCCCGGGCAGCUGGCAUUGAGAUCUAUGCCGUUGGUGUGGACAGGGCUGAUAUGCAGUCUCUCAGACUAAUGGCCAGUGAACCACUGGACGAUCAUGUCUUCUAUGUGGAGACAUAUGGUGUGAUCGAGAAGCUGACUUCCAGGUUCAAGGAGACACUUUGUGGUGUUGAUAUGUGUGCUAUUGGAAACCACGAUUGUGAACAAAUAUGUGUGAGCACUACAACAGCCUUUUACUGCAGGUGCCGUCCAGGUUUUAUAUUGAAUGAAGACCGGAAGACGUGUUCAAGAGUGGAUAAUUGUGCUGCUGGAAACCAUGAGUGCGAGCAAAUCUGUGUGAACACAACAACGGGUCAUUAUUGCAAAUGCCGUUCGGGUUUUACAUUGAAUGAAGACCAGAAAACCUGCUCAAGAGUGAAUCACUGUGCCACUGGAAAUCAUGACUGUGAGCAAAUCUGUGUGAACACUACAACAGGUUAUUACUGUAGCUGCCACCCAGGUUUUAUACUGAAUGAGGAUCAGAAAACCUGCUCAAGAGAGGAUGUGUGUGUCUCUGGAAACCAUGACUGUGAGCAAGUCUGUGUGACAACUGCGACAGGCUAUGACUGCAAAUGUCGUCCAGGUUUUGUAUUAAAUGAGGACCAAAAAACCUGCUCAAGAGGAGAUAUGUGUGCCCCUGGAAACCAUGACUGUGAGCAAAUCUGUGUGACAACCGCGACAGGCUAUGACUGCAAAUGUCGUCCAGGUUUUGUAUUAAAUGAAGACCAAAAAACCUGCUCAAGGGGAGAUAUGUGUGCCGCUGGAAACCAUGACUGUGAACAAAUCUGUGUGACAACUGCAACAGGCUAUGACUGUAAAUGUCUUCCAGGUUUUACAUUAAAUGAGGACCAAAAAACCUGCUCAAGUGGAGAUAUGUGUGCCACUGGAAACCAUGACUGUGAACAAAUCUGUGUGACAACUGCAACAGGCUAUGACUGUAAAUGUCUUCCAGGUUUUACAUUAAAUGAGGACCAAAAAACCUGCUCAACCAAAUUUCUUCUGACUUCUCUACUUAGGGACUGUACCAAAUACAACAGUCAUCAAAUUCAUGUCUUCUAUCUUAGUGCAUCAGUUCUGAAAUCGAUAUCCUCUGGUUCAGGGAAUGGAACUAUGUACAGGAUUCUUAUUGGUGUCUGA